AUGUCCGACGAAUCUUUCCAACUCUAUGAUCUCCGCGUCGAGGUGGUUUGUCCACCGGGCAAGCGCAUUAUGUGCGGCGCCAAAGAAGGCGAUUAUUUCACGCUCAAGGGCGAGAUGAUGUACUUGCCACCGGGUCAGGGCAUUAGCAUCUACAGUCUGGCUUCCGUUCUACCCCUGCUCGCUUCUAAGCAACGAAUGACCCAUGAAAAUGACUGGAUGACCACCGACGCCAGCAUCGCAUGCCCCGAUCCUCAUUGCCCGUCGCAACUGAAGAUUAUUAGGACGGGAAUUACCACUUUCAACCAUUCCGAAACGACUGUUGUCCCGAAAUCUACUUGA